UUAAGCAUUCCUCAAAGCACAGGGCAUGGCUUGGGUGGUAUAUAAAGACUGUCUGAGGGAUUUCUCUUGCUAAUGAGACCAAGGAAAGACAGACUCUUGGGUGCUUAACUGAAUUUCUUUUUACUAACAUGAUGUUAGUUACACUGCUAGUGCUCAGCCUUGCUGCAUCCAUCGAGUGCUUAUCAAGUUAUGGAUGCUAUGGUGAUGUAACGACUUUUGAUACUCCUGUGAUUACUUGUGGAAAUGUGGGAUAUACAACCAGUUGUGGUGUUCCUGCUGUAGAAAAAAAUGUUGAAAUAAAUGUAGCCGUUCUGAAGAGAUAUCGUAGCCAGAUCAUUCAUGCUGCCAGAAAACUUUGUGUGGAUCCUACAAUCCUUGGGGCAAUGAUUUCUUUGGAGAGUGGAGCUGGAACUCGCCUGCUGAAUGGUUGGAACAGGGAACGGACCAGAUACGGCCUGAUGCAGAUUUAUAGCCGCAACUAUCCUGUUGGUGGAGCCUGGGAUAGUACAGAAAAUCUCUUGCAAGGCGGAACCAUCCUAACAACAUACGUCACUACCUUACGGAAUAGAAGACCUGGCUUGACAUGGCAACAAUACUGGAGAGAUGGGAUCUGUGCCUAUCAAGCAGGCAUUCCAAGUAUUCUGAGUUACCAUGGAAGUGACUUUUGUGGUACAUAUGGAAGAUUUGCUGAUAAAGUGGUUGUUGCUGCCAAAUAUUUGAAAAGGUCACGGGUUUUCAAUUCAUGUUGUUAAGUAAAGCCCUGGCAUUGAAUAUAAAAGAGAUGAGAAAAGAAGCAAUAUUUGAAGUAAUAAUAAUCAAGCCACAGUUAUAAAUUCAGGAUCAGUUAUUCAGCUUUUCUUGGUAGAAUCUAGAAACCUAGAGACACCAAUUGC